AUGGACUACUCUACCCUGGUAGCUCCUCUUUGUGCUACUCUUAAUGCCCGUUCGUCAACGGCACAACUAAACCACACUUACCUGUCUUCGGGCACCAACCCGGAUCCCAUAGAGACAGACCACCAGGAGCUUAGUUGGGCUUCACACCAAAGUUUCUGCAGACUUGGUUUUCCCUCCACCACUCUUCGCUGUUUUGUGAGGGUAUAUUUCAGAAAUCGCUGGGUAAAGACUGUCCACCCAGUUGUACAUCAAUACUGUUUGAUUUCAAGCACACAUUCCACCUUUCAGAUGCCACAGAAAGAAGACAUUCUUAAACAACGAGUUGUAGUUGUUACAUUGAAUACUUCACAGUACCUUUGUCAACUGGAUCUUGAACCUGGGUUUUUUACACACAUUCUUUUGGAUGAAGCUGCACAGGCCAUGGAGUGUGAAACCAUUAUGCCUCUGGCAUUAGCUAAUAAAAACACACGAAUUGUUUUGGCUGGAGACCAUAUGCAACUCAGUCCUUUUGUCUACAGUGAGUUUGCCAGGGAGAGAAACCUUCAUGUUUCAUUACUGGAUCGGCUCUAUGAACAUUAUCCUGCAGAGUUUCCAUGUCGGAUCCUACUGUGUGAGAACUAUCGUUCCCAUGAAGCUAUCAUCAAUUACACAUCAGAACUUUUCUAUGAGGGGAAGUUGAUGGCAAGUGGAAAACAACCAGCACACAAAGAUUUUUAUCCAUUAACCUUCUUUACAGCACGAGGAGAAGAUGUACAGGAAAAAAAUAGUACAGCCUUUUAUAAUAAUGCAGAGGUAUUUGAAGUGGUGGAACGGGUGGAAGAGUUAAGGAGAAAGUGGCCUGUAGCUUGGGGAAAAUUAGAUGAUGGAAGUAUAGGUGUAGUCACUCCUUAUGCUGAUCAGGUGUUCAGGAUCCGGGCAGAACUUCGAAAAAAGAGAUUAUCUGAUGUCAAUGUGGAAAGAGUGCUCAAUGUGCAGGGAAAGCAGUUUAGGGUUUUGUUUCUGAGUACAGUACGUACCCGGCACACUUGCAAACAUAAACAAACCCCAAUUAAAAGGAAAGAGCAACUGUUAGAAGAUUCAACAGAGGAUUUGGAUUAUGGUUUUUUGUCCAACUACAAACUUCUCAACACCGCCAUAACAAGAGCACAGUCCUUGGUAGCUGUGGUGGGUGAUCCUAUUGCGCUGUGCUCUAUUGGAAGAUGCAGGAAAUUUUGGGAGCGGUUUAUUGCCUUGUGUCAUGACAACAAAAGCCUACAUGGUAUCACUUUUGAACAGAUCAAAACACAGUUAGAGGCUUUGGAGCUAAAGAAAACAUAUGUGUUGAAUCCACUUGCUCCUGAAUUUAUCCCUCGGGCUCUAAGACAGCAACAUUUGGGAAAUACCAGCAAACAGCAGCAAUCACCACCCAAGGGAAAAGUCCACCAUCAUAACCAAAAUGAACACUUCCAGAAUGAAGGAAUUGUUCAACCCAAUCCUUCAGUACUCAUUGGCAAUCCUAUUAGAGCAUAUACACCUCCUUCCCCUCUUGGACCUCACCCAAAUAUGGGAAAGUCUCCUAGUCCUGUUCAAAGGAUAGAUCCGCACACUGGGACUAGUAUUCUUUAUGUACCUGCUGUCUAUGGAGGAAAUGUGGUUAUGUCCGUGCCUUUACCUGUACCAUGGACAGGGUACCAGGGUAGGUUUGCAGUUGACCCUCGAAUCAUUACACAUCAGGCAGCGAUGGCAUAUAAUAUGAACCUGUUGCAGACACAUGGACGGGGGUCUCCUAUACCAUAUGGCCUUGGACAUCAUUCACCAGUUAGUAUAGGGCAACAGCAAAUUCAGCAUCAGGAAAAGGAUCAACAUGAACAAAAUCGAAAUGGUAAAAGUGAUACUAAUCCUGGACCUGAAAUAAAUAAAAUUCGUACUCCAGAGAAAAAGCCUCUAGAAUCAAAACAGAAUGAUUUAGAUUCAAAUCCACAAAACCGAAGUCCAGAAACUCGCCCUGGUGUUGCUUAUCCCAAUCCCAAAUUUCAUCGCAAAGAUAAUCUCAACCCAAGACACCUAAACCUUCAUCUUACGGCUCCCCACACACAAUAUGCAGUCCCUCAUCGACAUUAUCAGCACUUAUCCCAGCUACCAAGACAACCAUUUCCAGUUCAACAGCCCUCAAGUUUAAAUCAGCAGCAAAAUCAUUUCCCUGAGCAACUGACUCAAAUAACACCUCAACCAAACCAAGCAGUCCAGCAGCAUAACCACUUGAAUCAACAAACUCAGCAGCAACCCUCUCAACUUUCUCCUACAUAUCAAAUAGGUCCCAGUCAUUCCUUCUUCAAUAAUGCAGUCUCUCAUCGACCACAUUCUCCUGCUGUAGAUGCAGUAGUAUCUGAACAGCACCCCCCUUCGAUGCUGCAAGAAGCUAACUCUCUGAGAUCCAUUGCACAACACAACACGAUGAUACCCCCCACUCACUUGAAUAAUUUUAUUGAAGAAAGUCCUCCAGGAUUACCAUUAGGAGAAGCUUUAGAACGUAUGCAUGGGAAUGUGGCCUUAGAAACAUUAAGGCAACAACAAGCAAGAAUACAGCAGUGGAGUGAGCAUAAUGCCUAUCUCAGUCAAAGCAGUCUUCCAUAUCCACACUAUCACCAUCCUCACCUGCAGCAUCUUCCCCAGCAACCUGCAGGAUUACAUCAACAGCCAGUUAGAGCAAACUGGAAACUUGCCAGUAAUGCAGAAGAUGAAGCAGAAGCAACACAUUCAAGGUUUCAAGACUUACUCAGAGAGCUGGCUCAUCAUGAUCAAAGUGAAACACGGGAGCUAACUGAAAUGCCACCACCUCAGUCAAGACUUUUGCAAUAUAGACAAAUUCAAACUAGAAGCCCACCAGCAAACCCUUCUUCUUCAUCUAAUUCAAAUCAUAGUGGCCAAUUUUCUAACUUCAACGACAACAUUAGAGACAUUGAAAUGGCCAGCAAUCCAGCAUUUCAGCAGCAUCUGCCACCCCAAAUAUAUAAUCCCUCAUUUUCAAUACCAUCUGAAAACCUUACCCCUCCUCCUUUGAAAUACCUGCCACCAGAUGGAUCCUGGACCUUUGCUAAUUUACAUCAGAAUCACUUAAUGGGACAGGGCUUUCACUAUGGCCUACCACCAUUACCCCACAGACCACAACAGAACUCUUUUAUACAAAUUCAGAAUCAACAUGUGGUUGGUCAGGAGCCAUUUCACCCACUGUCAUCUCGUGUGGUAUCUGCUUCUUCGCUCCACAGCUUAGAAGAGUAUGAACCACGAGGACCAGGCAGGCCAUUGUACCAAAGAAGAAUUUCAUCUAGUUCAGUACCGCCUUGUUCUGAAGAGUUAAACACUCCUCAAGAUAGUCAUGCUCAGGGUAAAGAGCAUCAGGACCAUAAUAAUCAAUCUUCUUUCAACUAUUCAUCACCGGAGUUGUGGGUAAAUACCACCUCAUCUGCUCCACAUCAGAACAUUCCAUGCAAUGGAUCCAGCAGAACAGCCCCGCCCAGAGAAUUGUUAGCCCCAUCAAAGCCCUUGAAAUCCUCUGAGGAUAACCUGAAAUCUGAAAACCUUCAGCUGUCCAAUUCCUUCAACUACAGCAUGUUGCAGCAUCUAGGCCAGUUCCCACCCCUAAUGCCCAACAAGCAGAUUGUGGAAUCAAACGGCAACAGCCAGCCAAGUUCUGGGGGGAACAAGCCUAUUAUGUCCUACGCAAGUGCUCUGCGGGCACCUCCAAAGCCCAAACCUCCACCUGAACAGACAAAAAAGAAGAGUGACCCUUUGUCUCUGUUUCAGGAACUUAGUUUAGGUAGCUCAUCAGGUAGCAAUGGCUUUUAUUCCUAUUUUAAAUAAUCAGUUUUUUAAAAGAGAGAAUCUGUUUCCUUUUUUGUUUGUGUCAAUAGGAUUAAUAUAGUUGGGCUUCAUCUGUAGUUGCAACUAUUCCUUUGUUUAUAUUAGUAAAUAUAUCCUCACUUAUUGCUUUUGCUGCUAGACUUGAAACUAAUUUUUUAAACUUUAUCCCAUUAUUUUGCAUUUUCAAUGUGGGUCAGAAUUUUGACAACUUUUAUGUAGAACAACAAAUAUUUUUAAAUUUGUGUAAUGUUACAUAUAUGUUGCAUUAAGCUAGCAGCUAAAAAGUUAAUUGUGCAACUAUAAAAAAAGAAAAAAAGAAAAAAAUUGUCUAAAUUGUAUUUAAAAAGAAAAAAAAAUUGUAAGUAGCAUUUACAUUUAUUCAAUAACAUUAGUAUACAAUGCUGGGUUUCUGUACCAGAAAUGGCCAGUUGAUGUACAAAUGUAUGUUAUUUUUGCUUAAAUUCAUUUUAAUUUUUUUAAAUAAAGGGGCAGCAUCUUCUAAAUACUUUUCAGUUUUAUCAGUUUUUUUGUGAAAGGAUGCUGCAUUCUAAGACUUUUAUAGUUUUAGAUUCUGUAUGAUGUGGUAUUGUAAUCUCCAUCCACUGUAGGAUAGAGGUAAAAGUAUUCUUUGCAGACACAUUGAGUAUACCACUGUUUUUUUAAAAAAUAUGCAAAAAAGCAUUGGUAUAAUUAAUGCCCUCUUAUUUUUGGACAAGCUAGUAUUUCAGGCUUGUUUUUAAUGUUAAUUUGAUAGAUUUUUAAAAAAUGAAUCAUGAAGCUGAAAAUAAUUUUUAGGUAUUGGUGCUUAGUAGAAUUAAUAAUUAUUUUAAAAAAAAAUGCGUGAGUUUAGAAAAAUACCUGGGUCUUUUCCCCAACUUUGCUUGUAUAAAUGUUUGUAAUUUGGCUCCCCUCUGCCCUCAUCCCAGUGGUAUAAAGAAUUGUGCCACUUUUUUCCCUCCUCCAGUAAAACUUUUGGUACAUUAUUUGAUGUUUACAUUAAAAUUUUACAUUAUACAUGGAAAUUCAAAUAUUUGCUAACUUAUUUGAGGAACAUCAUUGAAGAAGAGAUAUGAUGUUUGCCAAAGUUGUAUCCUGAUUUAGCUAACUCUUCACUAUGGCAAAAAAUGACCCUUUUGUUUUCAUGUGAAUUAGUUCUUCAUAAACACUCCAUGAAUUUAUCCUUAAAAAAAAAAAAAAAUCGAAAUAGAUAUCUUAAGGUUUUCACAGCCUAUAAAAUAUUUUACAUGAAUUUUGGACAAAACCCAAAGAAAAACUUUAACUCUUAGACAUUGUGGUCUUGUACACUGUCCAUUCACCCUUUUGAAGUGAUGCAUGUAUUUAUCAAAGCCUAAAUUUUAAAUUUUUUUUUUUUUUUUUUUUUUUUUUUUUUUGUCUAAGAAGAUGAGAAUGGGAAGUAUUAAAAGUCAACUUUGCCCACGUGGCAAAUCAUUCAAAAAUUGUUUGCAUAUUUUUAAAUUGGCCAUCCUUUGUUAUAGAAACACAUUUAUGAAGUUGAAUUAGGAAGAAGUAAGGGUUAAAAUAAUUUUCUCUCAUUUGACUAGAAUUCAGUUUAAUUAAAAAUUUAUGUGAUUUUUACCAAUUUUUAGAGUUCCUUUAGUUGAAAGACAGUAAACUACAUUAGUGAGUAUAAUUUCACCUUGCAAAUAAUAGAUAACCAACUCAUACUCAGUGGCCUGCACAAUUUUGAAGGAUCACUUUAAGUCACAUUUGAAAUACCAGCCCAAUAAGGUACAAUACAUUUUCCAUUUAUGAGCCAAAUUGAGAAGAGAUAGCCAUAUAAUUUAUUUCUUAUGAACAAUAAUGUAACCAAAAAUAAAAGAAUAAAAACAGCCCUUGUCAAAUAUGAUGAACAUUUCCAAAAUAUAAAAAGAAUUUUAAAAUGUGGAAUUUUUAUAUUCCUGGUCUGCAGUUAUUUGUGAAUGUGAACUUUCUAGCCUGUGAUGAUGUCCUUAUAAAAUGUGCAAGACUACAAUGCGUUAGAUAGAUUUCAAUGCAUUUCCAUAAUACUAAGAUAGCACUGUAACUUCAGGGUCUUCAGCUCUUGGAGUAAUCUCUUUAUUCUGUUUACCAUACUUGAACAUUAAAAAAAAAUCAGUUGCUAAUUUUUGUUUAUUUGUGACUUAGCUAACUAGUUCCCUGGAGGAGACUAUAUGCAUAUCUUACCAACUUAUGCAAAUAUACUGAUAAUCAAACUUGUGAUAAAGAAGUUAUUGUAAAAGUUGAGGUGACAAAUCCAUUCAAAGUGCUAUUUCAGAAAUGCAAUAUGUAUAUAUAUAAACACAUAUGUGUAUAUGUAUGUAUACAAAUAUAUAUGUAUAUAUAUAUAUAAAUACACAUAUGUAUGCAUACAUCUCAAGCACACAUAAUACAAUAUUCUAUAGUACAAAUGUUUUUCAGUAGCAGAUACUUGAUUUUCAGUUUGUUUCCAAGGCCAAGGAUGCUGUUUCCAUCUGUUUUUUUUUUUUUUUUUUUUUUUUCCAGGGAUCUGCACUGAAAGUUUAUUUUAAUCUUUAACAAGCUUACUCUUUAACUUUUAUCAUCACUAUUUAAUGCUUAUUUUCCUACCACACUUUUUAGUAGUUUAUAUUAUUGGGUACAGAGUAGCUUUAAAAAAUUUUUUUUUGAGCAAACAUUUUUAAUAAGUAAAAACAAAGCCAGAGAAGUUUUGGAGGUGAUAUGUGACUUUGUUCUCUAAAUGUUGUUGAUUCUGUUUGUCUGGUGUUUGAUAAGUAAUACAAACAUGGUUGAAUAAGAGUCUUUCAGCUCUUAGACUUCAAUUAAGGGCAAGAAUAUCCUGAUAUAUUUCUUCAAUAGUACCAAGUACUAUUAAGUUCAUUGUCUUUCCAGGGCAGAGUCUUCUCAAAUGAGGUAAAUUGUUUGUUUGUCUUUGUACUUCUUCUGUUCUUUGUAACACUCUGAAGGAAAAAUUUUUAUUCGUUUUACUUUUUAAUUUUACUUCUGCAUGAAAAUUUUAAAACCCUGAAAUGUCUUUUUUUGACAAUUAGUUUUGUGAAAUAAAAUGUUCAUGUGAAAUUUUUUUCUUAAUCUAAACAUGAAUUUUUGCAAGUAUAAAAUUCAUUAUCACUCUUAAACACACACACAUAUGUAUGAAUAUGCAUACAUAUAUAUUUUUUAAGUAUCUUUUGAGGCUUUUUUCCUCCAUUUCUUUCCUUUUUCAGAUUGUUGCAGGAAGAUUUUCUUGGUGGGAGAAACAAUUAAUAAAAUAGUUCAUAACUAUUUAAAUUUAUUUUUUCUCAUAGAUAUGCUUUAUUCUAUCCCUUUUUGUGUUUGUCUAACAAAGUGCUUUGUGCUGCUUUUGCAUCAGAGGGUUUAGAACACAUUCAGAUUCAAUAUAAGCAUUAAUUGCUUUUCUGAAAGAAUCGCAGAUUUAAUAACAUAAAAAAAUUUUACUCUAUACACAUAAUCAGUUACAACAUCAUAAACUCAAAAGACCUAUUUAUGGGAACAUUUCCCUGUUAGAAUUUGCUGAAAAAGUUAUUGGAAUUUCCUAGCUUUGGGUAUAAUUAGCAUCUCAGCCUUAAUACUGAGUUAUUAUAGCCACGUUGACUUCCUAUUUUAAUAUUUUCUAUGUAUCUCAGGAGCAAAAUUAUAGGCUUAUGUGAAUUUUCUUUUGUUUCCUAUAGUGGAGGCUUGUCAGGGAAUGGACAGAAAAUUUCAGGGUGAAUUCUUGUAUUUUUAUUACUGUUAAGUAAACUAAACUUACUAAAUAGUACUUCAAAGGAUAGACACCCAUUACAUGACGUUGUUUCAUAUUGGAAUUGAUAGGAGACUCUCAGAAAAAAAGACAAAGUAAAAAAUUUUAAUGAAUCAAAGAAUGUAAUUUUCUGCCUUAAAAUGAUAUCUAGUACAUUUAUCUCA